GAAGAGGCUGUGAUGAUUGUUUUAUGCAACUAAAUUUUCGGGUACUUUGUGGAUCCAAUCCGUAUCUUGGCAGGGCAAUUCUGGAAUGGCCAGCUAUUGCAGCCAUGGCGGAUCGGUCUUUUCAUUGCCUCCCGGAGACACAAAUCUGAGCCUCCGCAAAUGAGUUCAGGAAGAACAACUCUUAAAAAAGAAUCUUCAACAAUGUUGUUACAUCUCAAUAGGAAAUGAUGAGGCACCAAAGGUGAGAUUGGGUUUUUUCUGGUUGGUUGCCCUCCCUCUGCUGUAGCCAAUGAUUUCCUCCACCUUUAAAAAUAAGUAACCAACAACCCUAUGUAUUCUCGAAGAGAAUAUUUGUGUAACAUGCAUGCUUGCAUGAAGGCAAGCUAAAUGUAGGAUCUCUCUAAUACAUGCAUGCAUAACUGGGUGGUGAUGAUAUUUAGCCUUUCCUUGUUCAUUCUCGGCAUUGAUGUGAUAUGAUCCGUAUCUUGGUGGGGCAACACUCAUAGUUCAUGAGUCUUAUCACUCUCAUGAGCACCAGAUGUUUGCAGCCAUGGCGGAAUCGUAAAUUUGCCUGCCUGAUAACUGCUGGCUUUUCUGAACCUUCGUUCGGGGUAUUUCUAGAACGGCCGGGUUAUUACAGCCAUGGCGGAUCAGUCUUCUCAGUUCUCAUUGCCUCCUGGUGAAACAAAUCUGAGCCUCCAGAAAGAAGUUGAUGAUGAAUAGCCCUUUUAAAAGAAUCUCCAACAAUGUUGUACAUCUCAGAGGUGCUCUUUGGAAUUGAUUCUGCUUCUACUGUUUCUAAGAGCAAUUUCGAACACUCCAAUAUAUGCUUCUCCUAUUUGAAGGAGUAGAAGCUGUUUUAAGAAGUUGAUUCAAACACCCCCUCAUUAGAAAAGGAUAAGGCGCCAGAGGUGAGUUUUUUUGGGUGGUUGCCCUCCCUAUGCCGUUGCCAAUGAUUUCCUCCAAUUUCAAAAACAAGUAAUCAACAACACUCCUUAUUCUCUCGGAGAAUAGAUGUGCAGUAAUCAUGUAUGUAUAUAUGUCAGAAGAGGCUGUGAUGAUUGUUUUAUGCAACUAAAUUUUUGGGGUAUUUUGUGGAUCAAAUCCGUAUCUUGGCAGAGCAAUUCUGGAUUGGCCAGCUUAUUGCAGCCAUGGCGGAUCGGUCUUCUCAUUACCUCCCGCAGACACAAAUCUGAGCCUCCGCAAAAGAGUUCAGGAAGAACAGCUCUUAAAAAGGAAUUUUCAUUUUUCAACAAUAGGAAAGGAUGAGACACCAGAGGUGAGUUUGGGUUUUCUCUGGGUGGUUGCCCUCCCUCUGCUGUAGCCUGUAGUCAAUGACUUCCUCGGUUCCUCCACCUUUAAAAAAAAGUGCCUUGCUCAAAAGAGAAGACUAUAUGCUAGGAGGUGUUUUUAUUUCCAUUUCUGUCACCGACAUUGCAUUGCUGCAAGGCUACAGAAGAACUCGUCAGAGAACAGGAGCCGAAGGAAGAAAGCUAGAAAGAAAAAAAAGAAAGUAUCAUGCAGGCGUGGGAAGAAACGAAGGAGAAAGGGAAAGAAUGAAAGAAAGAGGGGGAGAAACAGAAAGAGAAAAAAAAUUGAAAAAUGUCACGUGUGCCUUUAACUUACAUGUUAAAACGCUCAAUUGAAAGUUUCUUAGUAAUUGAAAAAUAAUUUUAAAUAAUACAAACCAUCACUUAUAUAAACCAAUAAUAAUACAUUCUUUGGAAAUGAUUUUUAAUAAUACCAACUAUUUAUAUAUAUAAGGAAAAUAAUUUGGGGAGUGGUUCCAGUGAGAAACGACUACUAGAAGAUAAAUGAGAAUGAAUUUGGACCGUGGGAUUGUAUUAUGUGAAAUUAAAUUAUGCAUUUGAUAAAAUUGAAAUGUAUAUGAAGUGAAAAUGAAAUGUGCAAAAUGAAAUUUAAAAAUCAAAUGUGCAUUACAUGAGAUUGAAAUGUGCAGGGUAAAUGACACAAAAAUAUCCGUGCAUCGUAGUUUUCAGUUUCACCCAGUGUACAUUUCUGUUUUCCCUAAUGCACAACUCAGCUUCACAUGAUACCACUGGCCUUACCUUUUGUGAUGCACAUUUUGAUUUCGCCUAAUGUACAUUUCAGCUUUGCUUAAUGCACAUACAAUUUCACAGAAUAAAAUCUAACGGUCCAGAUUCAUUCUCAUUUCUCUUCUAAGAUCAUUUUCUCACUUAAACCUAAUUCAAUAUGGAGCCAUUUUUCAACAUUAAAUCCAAUCCUC